CUGGGUGAGCUCCUCAGUGCGAGACUGGACUGACAACUGAUCAGAUUCGUCAGCUUGUCCCUGGGCCUCUGGCUUUGUGGAAUACACACUCGUCUACCUUGUCUACAAAGACACCUGGACACCACCACAGUCAUCCUGGAGUACUAACAGCACCAGAAUCAGGAUGGAGAGCAUAAAGAAAGGGUUUGAGAGUGUGGUGUCUGUGAAAAUCAGGGAGUAUGUGAAGGACUACUGCAAGAGGAACGGGCUGCUGACACUCUCCGUUAUCGCCGUGGUUACAGGCUGUGUGCUUGGAUUCCUCCUCAGGUCGCUCAACCUGUCCACGCAGGCCAAGAUUUACUUCUCCUUCCCUGGAGAGCUACUGAUGAGGAUGCUAAAGAUGUUGAUUCUGCCGCUCAUCACCUCCAGUCUUAUGUCAGGCCUGUCAGCUAUGGACACUAAGGCUAGUGGCCGUUUGGGGGUCCUGACCAUCACUUACUACCUGUGGACCACUUUCAUCGCCGUCAUCGUCGGUAUCAUACUGGUGCUCAUCAUUCACCCAGGGACCGGCUCGGAGAAGGAGGGGCACCAUGCAGGUUCAGGGCCAGUCAUGACAUCCGCUGACGCUCUGCUGGACCUCAUCAGGAACAUGAUCCCAUCAAAUCUGAUUGAAGCAACUUUUCAGCAGUACCGAACAGACCUGGUACCCAUUGUGCAGAACUCCAAUGUAAAGGAGUCUCAGGCCAAUUAUGUGUACGUCAUGCCCGACUACCACAACCCUCAGCUGGGCCACCCUGUCUUCCUGGAGAUUACACCGGCUCCGGACAUCAAGUAUAAGAUCGUUCCUGGCAACAGCAAGGGCAUGAAUGUGUUGGGGAUUGUCAUCUUCUCAGCCACCAUGGGGCUGCUGCUGGGGAAGAUGGGAGAGCGGGGAGCGCCCUUGGUCAACGUGUGCCAGUGCAUCAACGAAUGCGUCAUGAAGAUUAUUAACGCAGCCAUGUGGUAUUUCCCCUUCGGCAUUGUGUUCCUGGUGGCAGGGAAGAUUCUGGAUAUGCACGACCCGGCCCACCUGGGGGAGAAGCUGGGCAUGUACUUCAUCACUGUCCUGGCUGGCCUGUUUGUGCAUGGCCUCAUCCUGCUGCCGCUCUUCUUCUUCAUACUCACGCGUAAAAACCCCUUCCCUUACAUCAGAGGCCUACUGCAGGCUCUUGUCAUCGCGCUGGCCACCUCAUCCAGUUCAGCCACUCUGCCAAUUACCAUGAAGUGUCUGCUGGAGAACUGUGGAGUGGACAGGCAGAUCGCCCGCUUUGUGCUGCCAGUGGGAGCCACCAUCAACAUGGACGGCACGGCCCUGUAUGAGGCUGUGGCGGCCAUCUUCAUCGCUCAGGUCAACGAGUAUGAGCUGGACUUUGGCCAGUUGGUCACGAUCAGUAUCACGGCGACAGCAGCCAGCAUCGGGGCAGCUGGGAUACCUCAGGCUGGUCUGGUUACCAUGGUGAUUGUCCUGACAUCUGUGGGUUUACCUCCUGCCGAUAUCACGCUGAUUGUGGCCAUCGACUGGGUCCUUGAUCGCUUCCGGACAAUGAUCAAUGUCCUCGGAGAUGCCUUAGCUGCUGGGAUCAUGGCCCAUCUAUGUAGGAAGGACUUUGAGAGGGCAGCUUCUGUCAGCUCAGCUGCUUCAAAUAAGCGGAGAGACACGGUAAUCUCCUUUGGUAACCAGAGCGUGGCGCUGUCCGAGGCACCCCUGAUGGCCCACCGCUGUGAUUUUGUGUUCGAGGUGGAUGGAGACAAUGUGACAGAGAGACCUACGGCCUGCUACAACCUCUGCCAGGUCUGAGACAUCUGAACAGGAUGGACAGCAGGGAGUUUUGCCUUCUACAGCAUCCACAGAUCCACUUGUGUAGGACCACAAGGACCAUCAGCAGUCCUGAAGACUGAGUUUGGUUGGAGCACAUCACAGACACCAACAGUUGUGGGCAAAUAAGACCAGAGCUUGAGUGUUUCGUGAUGUACGGGCUUAUGGACUUCAGCUGAGCUUGCCUGUGCCGUAUGCCAAAAGAGAAACCUUCAUUACUUGAUCAUAUCUAAUUACUUUUGACUGUGAGCUGUAUUUGUGAGUAUUUGUUGUCUGGAUGUACCUGUAGAUGCCACAGUGACAUGGUGCGUAUGUUGAUAUACAGCACAAGAUGGAGGAACAGAUUCAUUAUUAGUGAUUCACAGCAAGCCUGCUCUCCCUCAUGACAAUGCAGUCUGUGUCUAGUUGUACCUUUCGGUCAGGAUUUUGAGUUGCCUUAUCAUUUUCUCAGUCCCGCAAUGCUUUCUGACACUUUUGCAAACUUGAAAGACUUGAAAGCAACACAAAUACACAUGCACAAGGGGAACAUAUAGAUUGUGUUAACCGUGAGCUAAUAUCUGUGAUUUAUAGAUUGCUAGAAUUUCAAAUCAUAUAUGUAGAACAAUCCUGGAGCAUAGAGGUUAUGUAUGAUAAUCCCUUGUGAAAGUGUUUUUUUUUUUUCUACCUUUUUCUGUAUUUGAUUCAUGUGCAUACAGUUCAUGUGUUUUUCUAAUAAACAUCUCUUAUAUUUAA